UGAAGGUUGCCAUAUUUGUUUUGCAGGAUGUGUGAGUAUGAUUCACUUUGAUGUUAGCUGCUUUUUCCGCUAGGGAAUCCAUUACCGUUCUUCUGCAUUGUUGGAAAGACCUCAUAAAAGCUAGUUUGACUGUACAGUUUUAGACCAGCUGUAUGUAUCCGGUGUACGUGACAACAGUAAAGUGGAAGCCCUUCUCUCUGCCAGUGGUCUACCACCGAUAGCUACGGCAGUUGAAAAACAUUUUACGUAGCCAACCAGUGAGCACUGCAGUUGAGAUAGCCAGCUACGUAGCUGCCGUAGUUUCAAUGGUAACUACGCCAGCUUCACUCUUGGUGCAGAAACAACACAUCAACUGCAGAUUAUGCAGAAGUACCCACUCGCCUAUAAUUAGGAUAGUAAUGUUCCUUUUUACGUUGCAGAUGUAAUUUAGUGCUUUGAUGUCCACAUUCGGUCUUACAGUCUAAGCGACCUCUUUAACCCGGAAUCCGAAAACAAUCUGUCCACUUGAGCCACAAAACAAGAAGUGUGAGAUGCCUCACGGCUCGGAUGACGCCCGCAAGCAGUUCGUCCUCACCACGACAGGGAACUACUUCGGCCUAAAGCCGUCUGCAUCCCUGGUUGGGUCUGAGGAACUCAACAACUUCUUAGAUGAUGGGAACGAAUUCGUGCUUGCUGUCAACAAACACGAGAAUGACCUGUGCCUGUCAAACAAGAUUGAGGCUGGGUACAGCAGAGAGAAGGUGCUAGUGUUCUUCAAGCUGCGUCCCACAGUGAUAACAGAGGAGAACCUGCACCAGAAUGUCCUGGUGUCCUCCAUGCUAGAGUCUCCUAUCAGUACCCUCUACCAGGCCGUGCGACAGGUGUUCGCCCCUAUGCUGCUCAAGGAUGAGCGGUGGAGCUCAGCAUUUGACCCUAAGCUUGCGGGCCUGCUAAGUGAGCUGGAGCAGGGGCUGGGCUCUGUGGUCCGCAGGGCUGGAACAGAAGACGCUGGCAGGAGGAGCCAAGGGGAAGAUGACAUCCUGGGUAUCCUGACCCCGGUGGAUGAAUUCCAGUACUGGGCUGAUCUCUCUGAGUCUGGGGACAGGAGCACUGUGAGAGAGAGGGCCGCACACUUCUCUGAGCUCUUCAAGCCCAUAGAGAAGGACUACAGUGGUUUGGAUGGUGUCUGUCUGGCUGAUGCUGUGGAGCUGGUGGAGGUGAGCAGAGACACACUGGAUGACGUGUGGAGGCAGAAUGACCAUGAUCCUUUUCCUGAGACACGCAUGCUCAGACUCAUGGACGUCAUCGGUGGUGCGCUGGGCAGGUACGUGCAGAAGAAACUGAGUGGUGUGAAACUCUUUUUGGACCCGUUCCUGUCUGUGAGGGAGAGCCUGAGAGUCGGCCUGGUCAUCUGUGAGCAGUGGGUGUCGGCCUGUGAGCACCUGAGUGGACAGGUGUGGAAGAGAUACGCCCCUUACCCCUGGAAGGGAGACAAGCAUCGCCCCCAGACCCUGCACAGCCUGGCUCAGAGACUGGAUGAGGUGGUGACGAUCCGUACGGUCCAUGAGAAGCUGCUUCGUCUGCUGCCUGGAGGAAAACAGCAGGCCUUGGCUCACGUCUUUGAACCCUUCUCCGGCCUCAACCCCUUACAUUACAACCCCUAUACUGAGCCUCUGUGGAGGGCGGCAGUAGCCCAGUUUGAGCGAGCCAUCGCCCCAGCAGAGCAGGAGGUGGCAGGCAGACUGAAGGCCUACAUCGCAGAUGUACAGGACAACCCACAGCAGCUGCUGCAGGUGUUUCAGAAGCACAAGGAGCUGAUCAGACGACCCAACGUCAGCAAGGAGCUGCACCAGAGAGAGACUCUGCUGGCCAGACUACUGGAAUACAUCAAGGUGCUGCGGACAGACUUUGAGGGUCGUUGCCAUGGCGCCCCGGGAGAAAAGUCCGGCCCCCUGGCUGGCCGGAAUCUCCCUGAGGUCGUCAACAACAUUGUAUGGGUCCGCCAGCUUCUCCAUAAGGUGGAGGACUCCAUCAAGAUAGCGCAGGCUCUGCUGUCAGACCUGUCAGGGUUCCACUCGUUCCUGCGGCUCUGUGACGACCUGCUGGAGGUUCUACGGGCCUACGAACAGGAACAGUUUGAUGACUGGUCCAGAGACAUCCUCUCUGGCCUCUCUGACCCCAAGUCUGGCAUCAGUCUUCAGGCCAGUAACCGUGUGAUGGAGCUGGACCAUAUAGAUGGGAAGCUGAAGAUCCAGUACUCUGACCGUCUGGUAACUCUGCUGAGGGAGGUUAGACAGCUGUCAGCCCUUGGCUUCCCCAUCCCAGCCAAGAUCCAGCAGGCUGCCAACACCGCAGACAAGUUCUACAGACAGGCCAUCAUCCUCAAACAGGUGGCCCAUUUCUACAACACCAUCGACCAGCAGAUGAUCUCCUCUCAGAGACCCAUGAUGCUCAGCUAUGCCCUGGCCUUUGAGCAGGUCAUCAAGCAGAAUCCACGGUCCCAAUCCCGGGAGUCUGGCGGGAAGCUGCAGAUCACCUGGGAUAACCCCAAAGAGCUGGAGGUGUACAUUGGAAAACUCCAGUCUGCCGCAGAGAGACUCUCCACUGAGAACCGGAAACUUAGGAAGUGGCACACAGACUUCACUGAGAAGGUGGUGGCCCUGAUGACUGUGGACCUGCUGAGGCACCAGCAGCGCUGGAAGGACGGCUUACAGGAGCUACGCACCGGGUUCGCCACACUGGAGGCACAGGGGUUCAGGUCAGGGGAGAUGAAGGCCUGGAGACAGCACUGGAACCACCAGCUCUACAAGGCUCUGGAACAUCAGUACCAGACUGGACUGGAGGCUCUCAACAAGAACCUGCCUGAGAUACACAUAGACCUCACUUUCAAGCAGGGUCGUCUUCAGUUCCGUCCUCCGUUUGAGGAGGUGAGGGCCAAGUACUUCAGAGAGAUGAAGAGGUUCAUCUCUAUCCCCAACCAGUUCAAAGGAGUCAGCGCCCAGGGGGAGGAGCUCAUCUUCAGCGUCAUGAUUGACAGGAACGCAUCAGGCUUCCUUACCAUCUUCAGCAAAGCAGAGGACCUCUUCAGCCGGCUGCUGGGCGUUCAGGACAAGUUUAAGGAGUGGGUGGUGCUGGGCCAGGUUGACAUGGAGGUGUUGGUGGAGAAGCAGCUAUCGUCUGUCCAGGACUGGGAGAGGAACUUCAAGGCCUUGAAGGCCAGAGGGAAGGAGUCAGAACGCCUGCCCAGUCUGGAGAAGGUUGACUGUAUCUCAGUGAACUGUGAGCCAGUGAAGGCUGUGAUUGAUGACCUCAUCCAGAGACUGUUUGACGCCCUGCUGAUGUCCCUCAGAAAGUCCAUACAAGGCCAUACCCUAGACAUAGACAGUUUUGUGACUGAGGCCAUGGAGACGUUGUCCUCUCGUCCAGAGAGUAUUGAUGAGAUAGGAGAGGCCAAUGCCAGACACAGCCAGAUACAGGCCUGCAAACCAGACAUCCUGCUCCAGUUCCAGGCGGCGCAGGAGAAGAACCGUCUGCUGAGGGCCGUAGCAGGAGGCGGUGUGGAUUCUCUGUCCUCCCUCAGGGCCAAGUGGGACAAACUAGAGCUGAUGAUGGAGAGCCACCAGCUGAUGAUCAAAGAGCAGGUGGAGGUGAUGCGUAGUAAUGCUGAGAGUCGUGUCCAGGCCUACAGGCUGGAGCUGGACAGGUUCAGGGCUCGCUGGGACCAGCUGAAGCCCAGAGACGAGGUCAUAGAGACGGGAGACCAGGCAGCCCUGCUGGCCUCUGUCCAAACCAUCAGAGACAAGAGACAGGAGUUCCAGGAGCUGGAGGUCACACGCACACGCCUGCUUGAGGACUGUCGUCACUUUGAGCUGGAGGCUCCUAACUUCUCCCUGGCGGAGGAGACCAUCAGAGACAUGGAGGAGCACGGACAGAUGUGGUCUCUGUAUGAGGACUGGCAGGAGGGCUUCCAGGAGAAGGCCAAGGAGGACUGGAUCACAUUCAGGAGUAAGACCUACGUGUUUGAGGAGUUCCUGUUUGCAUGGCAGGACAGACUGAGGAAGCUUGAGCAGCACACCAGCAUGUCUGUCAAAAUACAGAGAGAAGUUGACAAAUACAAGAGUCUGGUUCCAGUGUUAAAGUACGUGCGAGGGGAGCACCUAUCCCAGGACCACUGGUUGGAUCUGUUCAGACUGUUGGGUCUUCCUAAAGGCACCACCCUGGAGAGACUGACCUUCUGGGAUCUCCUCAGUGUGUCUGACAGCAUCACUGACCGAGCCCUGGAGCUCAAGGACCUGAACAGCAGAGCCCAGGCGGAGGUGACCAUCAGAGAGGCUCUCAGGGAGCUGGACCUGUGGGGGACUGGAGCUGCCUUCACCCUCACUGAGUACACAGACAGCACCGGACUCACACUCACACUCAUCAAGGACUGGAAGGACAUGGUCAACCAGGUUGGUGAUAACCGCUGCCUGCUGCAGUCUCUGAAGGACUCUCCAUACUACCGCGGCUUCCAGGACAAGGUCAGUCUGUGGGAGGUGCGUCUGUCUGAUCUAGAUGAGUACCUGGUCAGUCUGAAUGCCAUCCAGAGGCGCUGGGUCUACCUGGAGCCCAUCUUCGGACGGGGGGCUCUGCCCAGGGAACAAGCCCGUUUCAAACGGGUCGACGAGGACUUUAGGUCCAUUUUGGCUGAUGUCCAGAGAGACAACAGGGUGACAUCUCUGAGCUCUCGGGCUGGCAUCAGAAACUCCCUCAUCACCAUCUUAGACCAGCUUCAGCGCUGCCAGAAAUCGCUCAACGAGUUCCUAGAGGAGAAGCGUUCUGCCUUCCCGCGGUUCUACUUCAUUGGAGAUGAUGACCUGCUGGAGAUUCUGGGCCAGGCCACCAACCCCACUGUGAUACAGUCACACCUCAAGAAGCUGUUUGCUGGCAUCGACAGUGUGGACUUUGACGGGGACUGCCAGCACAUUGUGGCCAUGCGUUCUCUAGAGGGAGAGGUGGUGGCUCUCAGGAACCUCAUACGUAUCUCCAACAGCGUAGAGGUGUGGCUGGGUGAGCUGUCUGCUGAGAUGAAGGAGACUCUGAAACAGCUGCUGUAUGAGUGUGUGUCAGCGGGGAGGAAAGGACAGGUGGACCCGUCCCGCUACCCCUCUCAGGUCCUGUGCUUGGCAGAGCAGAUCCAGUUCACUGAGGAGGUGGAGAGUGGUCUGAGAAACAGCAGUUUGCAGCAGCUGGAGGUGGAGCUCACCGCUAAGCUGGAGCACUACACCAGCGAAGGCACCAGCUCUGAGGAGACGGGAAACACAGAGUCAAGUGUGUUGCAGCUGAAGCUGAAGGCUCUGAUCCUGGACAUCAUCCAUAACAUCAGUGUAGUGAAGCAGCUGUGUGAGGCGGGGGUGAGCAGCCCCGACUCCUGGGCCUGGAGGAAACAGCUCCGUUUCUACCUCAACAACGACAAAUGCUGCGCCAUACAGAUGGUUGACGCUCACUUCAGCUACACAUACGAGUACCAGGGUAAUGCGUCUAAGCUGGUCCACACCCCCCUGACUGAUAAGUGUUAUCUGACCCUGACCCAGGCCAUGAUGAUGGGUUUGGGGGGAAACCCCUACGGUCCUGCCGGCACCGGCAAGACUGAGUCAGUCAAAGCCCUGGGGGGCCUGUUCGGAAGACAAGUACUGGUCUUCAACUGUGAUGAGGGUAUAGAUGUGAAGUCUAUGGGGCGUAUCUUUGUGGGCCUGGUGAAGUGUGGAGCGUGGGGCUGCUUUGAUGAGUUCAACCGCCUGGAGGAGGCUGUGCUGUCUGCAGUGUCCAUGCAGAUACAGGCCAUCCAGAACUCACUGAAGAACCACAGGACCAGCUGUGAGCUGCUGGGCAAGGAGGUGGAGUUGGACCCUAACUCGGGGGUGUUUAUAACGUUGAAUCCAGCUGGGAAGGGUUAUGGAGGGAGACAGAAGCUGCCUGACAACCUGAAGCAGCUGUUCAGGCCCGUGGCCAUGUCCCGACCAGACAACGAGCUCAUCGCUGAGGUCAUCCUCUACUCAGAGGGCUUCAAAGACGGAGAGAUACUGGGACGCAAGCUGGUCGCCAUCUUCAACCUCGCCAGGGAGCUGUUGACCCCCCAGCAACACUAUGACUGGGGUCUGAGGGCUCUGAAGACGGUGCUGAGAGGCUGUGGCAGACUGCUGCAGCAGCAGAGGAGGAGUGAGGCCAAGAACAAGAUCAAGGAGAGUGUUCUGGUGGUGCAGGCACUGAGGUUGAACACCAUGUCCAAGCUGACAUUUGCAGACAGCAGCAGGUUUGAUGCCUUGGUCCAAGAUGUGUUCCCUGGGGUGGGUUUUACUGACGUGGAGGACCUGACCCUCAGCCACGCACUGCAGGCUGUCUACGAGGAGGCACACCUCCAACUCAUACCCAGCCAGAUGAAGAAAGCUCUGGAGCUGUGUGAGCAGUUGAGACAGCGUAUGGGAGUGGUGAUCGUAGGUCCCAGCGGGGCAGGUAAAUCUACUCUGUGGAGGAUGCUGCGUGCCGCCUUGGGCAGGACAGGCAGGGUGGUGAAGCAGUAUACAGUGAACCCUAAAGCCAUGCCCCGCCAGCAGCUGCUGGGUCACAUAGACAUGGACACGAGGGAGUGGACUGACGGGGUGCUCACAAACAGCGCCAGGCAGGUGGUCAGAGAACCACAGGAGGUGAGCUCGUGGAUCAUCUGUGACGGGGACAUAGACCCAGAGUGGAUCGAAUCGUUGAACUCGGUGUUGGAUGACAACCGUCUUCUGACCAUGCCCAGUGGAGAGAGGAUCCAGUUUGGACCCAACGUCAACUUUGUCUUUGAGACCCACGACCUCAGCUGUGCCUCACCAGCCACAAUCUCACGCAUGGGCAUGAUUUUUCUCAGUGAUGAGGACACAGAUGUGAGUGCGUUGGUCAAGUCGUGGCUGAAGGGUCAGCCUGAUGAGUGUCGCAGUAACCUGGAGAACUGGAUGGGAGACUACUUUCACAGAGGUCUUGACUGGGUGCUUAAACAGAAUGACUUGGUGGUGGAGACCAGUCUGGUAGGGACGGUGUUGAACGGUCUGUCCCACCUGAGUGGAGUGACAGAGCGUGGUCAGUUUGUGGUUAGUCUCAUCAGAGGGCUGGGCGGGAACCUCAACCUCAAAUCAAGACAGGACUUCGCCAAGGAGGUGCUGGUCUGGGCUAGAGAGAGCCCUCCUGACCCGAGGAAGCCCCUGGACACCUACUAUGACCCUGAGUCUGGCCGGCUGUGUGUGUACACUCUGGAACGUCCUGACGGCCUCAGCCUGGAAGAGCUCACACACACUCACACACUCCCCGUCAUCCAGACCCCCGACAUGCAGAGAGGACUGCACUGCUUCUCCCACUGGCUCUCCUCCCAGCACAGACAACCCUUCAUACUGGUGGGGCCUGAGGGCUGUGGCAAGGGUAUGCUGCUGCGCUAUGCGUUCUCUCGGCUGCGUUCCACCCAGGUAGCGGUGGUCCACUGUAGCGCCCAGACCUCGUCUCGUCAUGUCCUCCAGAAGCUCAGUCAGACAUGUCUGCUGCUCAGUUCCAACACGGGACGGGCCUACAGACCCAAACACUGUGAGAACCUGGUCCUCUACCUCAAAGACAUCAACCUGCCCAGGCCUGACAAGUGGGGCACCAGUAACCUCAUAGCCUUCUUACAGCAGGUGCUGACGUACCAUGGGUUCUAUGAUGAGAACCUGGAUUGGGUGGGUCUGGAGAACGUCCAGGUGGUGGCCUCCAUGUCAACAGGAGGCGCUGUGGGACGACACACACUCACCUCCCGCUUCACCUCCAUUGUGCGCAUCUGCACCAUAGAUUAUCCAGACAGGGAGCAGCUUCAGACCAUCUACUCAGCGUACCUGCAGCCUGUUCUCCAGAGGAGCCUUGGGAGCCAGGCAGCCUGGGCCAGCACUGGGAAAACACACCAGCUAGCAGGGUCUCUGGUACAGGUCUAUGAACAGGUGAAGGCGAAGUUCACGGUGGAUGACCACAGUCACUACCUGUUCACUCCGUGUGUCCUCACCCAGUGGGUGCUCAGCCUGCUGCGAUACGACAUGUCCGCAGGGAACUGUAAUAUAACAGACUCGGUGUUGGAGGUGGUAGCCUAUGAGGCCAAGAGGCUGUUCAGAGACAGACUGGUCUCCUCUAAAGACAUCCAUUCCUUUGACAACAUCCUCUCCUCUGUCAUACGAGGUGACUGGGGCUCCGACGCACUCGACAACAUGACAGAUGGUUUCUAUGUGACGUGGGGUGCGUCUGAGGGAGGGGGAGUGAUGGCCCCUGGUCAGUCCCUGCCCCCCCACGGUAAAUCUCUGGGACGCCUCGACUUUGCCGACCUACGCCAGGUCAUACACAAGGGAGCGGUCCUGUAUGGUCGUGACAACAGGGAGUUGGACCUGCUGUUGUUCUGGGAGGUGUGUCACUUUGUGUCUCGUGUGGACCGUGUCCUGAGUCGACCGGGGGGCUCUCUGCUCCUGGCCGGACGCAGCGGGGUGGGCCGGCGCACCGCCACAUGCCUGGUCUCACACAUGCAUGGAUACACACUCUACACACCCAAGAUCUCCCGCGGAUACUCACUCAAACACUUCAACAAUGACCUGAAGAACGUGAUGCAGCUGGCAGGUCUGGAGGGCCAACAGGUGGUGCUGUUGCUGGAGGAUUAUCAGUUUGUCCACCCAGCCUUCCUGGAGAUGGUCAACAGCCUGCUGUCCUCUGGUGAGGUUCCAGGCCUGUACUCCCCAGAGGAGCUGGAGCCCCUCCUCUCCUCUCUCAAAGAUCCUGCAUCCCAGGACGGAUUCACCGGACCCCUCUUCAACUACUUUGCCUACCGAAUCCAGCAGAACCUACACAUAGUGUUGAUCAUGGACUGCACCAACUCUAACUUCACCAUUAGCUGUGAGAGCAACCCGGCUCUCUACCGCAGGUGUUCCGUCCAGUGGAUGGACGGGUGGUCUGAGAGCAGCAUGAAGAAGAUCCCUGAGAUGCUACUGGCUAAGGUGGAGGGAGAGGGGGAGAAGAGUGGAGGAGAGAAAGGCCACAAGAGAAAAGGCUCAGCGUCGGGUCAGGGUGAUCUGUGUCGCUCCUUCCUGAUGAUCCAUGAGUCUUGUAGAGAAUAUGGAGCCACACCCAGCCAGUACAUGGCCUUCCUCCAUGUCUACACAUCCAUUUACAGCAGCAAACAGAGCCAGCUCACUCUCAGACAGCAACAUCUACAGGCGGGCGUGUUUAAGCUGAACGAAGCGAAGGCAUUGGUGGAUGAGCUGAAGAGGCGGGCUGCUGAGCAGAGCACUCUGCUGAGGACCAAACAGCAGGAGGCAGACUCAGCCCUGCAGGAGAUCACCACCUCUAUGCAGAAUGCCAGUGACCAGAAGACUGAGAUGGAGAAAAUCAAAGGGAAGAUUGCUCAGGAGGUGUCUAAGUGUGAAGAGAGGAAGGGGAAAAUAGAUGACGAGCUGAGAGAAGUGCAGCCCCUGGUGGAUGAGGCUAAGCGAGCUGUGGGGAACAUCAAACCAGAGUCUCUAUCAGAGAUCCGCUCCCUGAGGAUGCCUCCUGACGUUAUCAGAGACAUCCUAGAGGGGGUGCUGCGACUCAUGGGCAUAUUCGACACCUCCUGGGUCAGCAUGAAGAGUUUCCUGGCUAAGAGGGGGGUGAGAGAGGACAUAGCCACAUUUGAGGCGAGGAACAUCAGUCACGAGAUCCGUCAGAGUGUGGAGGAGCUACUGACCAGAAACAAGGCCUCCUUCGACCCCAAGAAUGCUAAGCGUGCAAGUGCUGCGGCUGCUCCACUGGCAGCCUGGCUGAAGGCCAAUGUACAGUACUCACACGUCCUGGAGAGGAUAGAGCCCCUGGAGAGAGAACAGGCUGGACUACUGGAGAACUUGAGAAAGACAGAGAGUCGGAAGACUAAACUGGAGGAACAGCUCAACUCUGUGGGGCAGAAAGUCAACGAGCUGAAAGAAAAGUUCCAGUCUCGUACUACAGAGGCAGCUAAGCUGGAGGCUGAGGUCAGUAAGGCCCAGGAGACCAUCCAGGCAGCAGAGCAACUCAUACACCAACUGGACGGAGAACACACACGCUGGAAUGCCCAGGUGGAUGAGAUCACUGAGGAGUUGGAUACAUUGCCUAAGAGAGCGAUGCUGGCAGCAGCCUUCAUCACAUACCUGUCUGCUGCUCCAGAGGACAGGAGACGAAACAGCCUGGAGACAUGGAUGAAGGCUUCUGGACUACAGAAGUUUGACCUGCGGCACUUCCUGUGCUCUGAGAGUGAGCAGCUGAUCUGGAAAAGUGAAGGCCUACCCUCAGAUGACCUGUCUAUGGAGAACGCCCUGGUUAUACUGCAGAUCAGUGCGAUCAAAUCACGGAGUGUUGCUUGUCCGUUCCUCAUCGACCCCUCCUCUCGGGCUACAGAGUGGCUCCAUACUCACCUGAAGCAGCAUCGCCUCGAGGUCAUCAACCAGCAGGACCCUAACUUCAUCACCUCGCUGGAGCUAGCUGUGCGUUUUGGGAAAACGCUGAUCAUCCAGGAGAUGGAUGGAGUAGAACCGGUACUCUAUCCACUACUGAGGAGAGACCUGAUCGCACAGGGUCCGCGGUACGUGGUUCAGAUAGGUGAUAAGGUGAUAGAUUAUAACGAGGAGUUCCGUUUGUUCCUGGCCACGCGUAACCCCUCCCCUUUCAUCCCCCCCGACGCUGCCUCUGUCGUCACUGAGGUCAACUUCACCACCACCAGAGCUGGCCUGCGGGGACAGCUCCUAGCUCUGACCAUCCAGCAGGAGAAACCAGAGUUAGAGACCCAGAAGACCCGUCUGUUACAGCAGGAGGAGGACAAGAAGAUCCAGCUAGCUAUGCUAGAAGAGUCUCUAUUAGAGACUUUGGCUACAGCUCAGGGGAAUAUUCUGGAGAAUAAGGAGCUGAUCGACUCUCUGAACCAGACCAAGUCCAGCAGCGCCCUCAUACAGGACUCACUGAGGGAGUCACACAGACUCCAGGCCUCCUUGGACCAGGAGCGUGAUGCCUACCUGCCGUUAGCUGAAAGUGCCAGUAAGAUGUAUUUUGUCUUAACGGACCUCUCUAGGAUCAACAACAUGUACCGUUUCAGCCUGGCCUCUUUCCUACGCCUGUUUCAGAGAGCACUGCAGAGCAAGAAGGAGGCAGAGACUACGGAGGCCAGGAUAGCAGCCCUGGAGGCCAGUCUGAAGAGCAUGGUGUACGAAUACGUCUGCCGCUCUCUCUUCAAGGCUGACCAGCUGAUGUUUGCCAUGCACUUUGUCAGAGGGAUGCACCCAGACCUCUUCCAAGAGAAUGAGUGGGAUGCCUUCACUGGCCUCGUAGUAGGGGAUAUGGUGAGAAAGGCGGAUACGCAGAAAUCUUUGCGGGAGCAGAUUCCUUCCUGGAUCGAUCAAGAGAGACUUGGAGCUGUAGCCAUGUUCAAGAGUACGUUCCCAGGCCUGUACCAGUCUCUGUGUCUGAGUGACUCGGAUCUCUGGCUCUCCUUUUCACGGAGCUCCAACUGUGAACAGGAAGUCCCGCCCUCCAUCGCCAAGAAGAUCAAACCGUUCCAGCAGGUGCUGCUGGUUCAGGCCAUCAGGCCAGACAGACUACAGAGUGCCAUGGCUGCCUUCACUUCACAGGCCCUGGGUAUGAGGGAGUUGUCUCCUCCUCCUCUGAACCUGAGGAGGUUGUACAGUGAGACUCUGGAGAUUGAACCUGUCCUCAUCGUCAUCUCCCCUGGAGCAGAUCCCUCCCAGGAACUACUGGAGCUGGCCUCAGAGACUGUAGGACGGGACAACUACCAUGAGGUGGCAAUGGGCCAGGGCCAGGCUGAUGUGGCCUUAGCCACUCUGAGAGAGUGUUCCCACAGCGGAGGCUGGCUCUGCCUUAAAAACCUCCACCUGGUGACUGCGUGGCUGCCCCUGCUGGAGAAGGAGCUGAAUGUUCUGCAACCUAAGGCAGGCUUCCGUCUCUGGCUUACUGCUGAGGUCCAUCCCAAGUUCCCCCUCAUCCUGCUGCAGUCCAGCCUCAAGAUCACCUACGAGGCUCCUCCUGGUCUAAAGAAGAACUUGUUGAGGACCUAUGAGACGUGGAGCCCAGAGCAGAUCAGUAAAGGUGGUCUGCUGUCCAGAGCCCAGUCCCUCUUCUGCCUCGCAUGGUUCCACGCUGUCUGCCAGGAGAGACGUAACUACAUCCCCCAGGGAUGGACUAAAUUCUAUGAGUUCUCUCUGUCUGAUCUGCGGGCUGGCUUUGAGAUCAUCGACCGUCUGUUUGAAGGUGGUAAGGUGUUCCAGUGGGAGUUUGUACAUGGUCUGUUGGAGAAUGCCAUCUAUGGCGGCAGGAUAGACAACCCAUGUGACCUGAGGAUCCUCCGCUCCUACCUGGAACAGUUCUUCUCCUCACACCUCCUGUCUGCCUCAGCCAAUCACAGCCAACGCAGCAAGAGAGGCCACGCCUUCCCCUCUCAGAUCAGCCUGCCCAACUCCUGCUCCAUACUGGACUAUCGUGGUGUGAUAGAGAAUCUUCCAGAAGACGACCGGCCAGCGUUUUUCGGCCUGCCUGCCAACAUCGAACGCUCCUCGCAGAGAAUCAUCAGUUCUCAGGUGAUCUCCCAGCUGAGGAUUCUGAGCCGCUCGGUAGCAGCAGGAUCAAAGUUUGACAGAGAGAUCUGGUCCAAUGGCCUCUCUCCUGUCCUCAACCUCUGGAAGAAACUCAACCAGGGCUCGUCUCUCAUCCAUCAAAAAGUUGCCCCACCGACUGAAGGUCAGGGGUCACCUGUCUUGUCCUUCAUUGUUCUGGAACAGUUCAAUGCUAUCCGAUUGGUCCAGGGUAUCCACCAAUCCCUGGCUGCGCUGAGUAAGGUGAUCAGAGGGACUUCGCUGCUCACUGCUGACGUCCACAAACUGGCCACUGCUCUACUCAACCAGGAGUGUCCGCUGAGCUGGCAGAAUAAGUGGGAGGGGCCAGAGGAACCCAUGCAGUACCUGAGGGCCGUGGUGACACGGGCUCUAGCUAUACAGAGUUGGGUGGAGCGUGCAGAAAGACAGGUUCUACUGUCUGAUGCUGUUGAUCUGUCUGAACUCUUCCACCCUGAUACCUUCCUCAACGCCCUGCGACAGGAGACUGCCAGGUCUAUGGGCUGUUCCAUGGACAGUCUGAAGUUUGUGGCAUCAUGGAAGAGUCCCAUAGCAGAGGCUCAACUCCAAGUCAAGGUGGGUGGUCUGCAGUUGGAGGGCUGUAGUUUUGAUGGGGUUCGUCUGUCUGAGAACCAACAUGACUCCCCCAGUGUGUCAGCUGUACCUGCCUGCUACAUGGCCUGGAUAGCACAGUGUUCCAGUGGCAGCUACAGUCCUGAGGAGGUCAUCUCUCUGCCUGUGUACACCAGCUCUGAGCGGGUCAGCGUGGUGACUCACGUCACACUACCUUGUGGAAGAAACCCUGACCAGUGGAUUCAGAAUGGAGCUGCCCUCUUCCUCAAACAGCAGUGAGACAGCUGGGCCAGGGGGCUAGAAGAGGGAGCUGGGCCAGGGGGCUAGAAGAGGGAGCUGGGCCAGGGGG